GGCGGGCCGGCCUGCAGCUCCGGGGGCCCGGGCCGCGCAGGGCUGGCGGAGGCGCGGAGCCGUCCCCAUGGCCGCGGUGCCGGAGCCCGACGAGCCCGCGAAGCGGAAGCCUUUUAAGCUCCUAGGAAUUUUAGAUAUUGAAAAUAUUCCCUGCGCCCGGGAUUCAGUACUGUAUGGUUCGUUAGGAUCUGUUGUGGCUGGCUUUGGACACUUUUUGUUCACUAGUAGAAUUAGAAGAUCAUGUGAUGUUGGAGUAGGAGGAUUCAUCUUGGUGACUUUGGGAUGCUGGUUUCAUUGUAGGUAUAAUUAUGCAAAGCAAAAAAUCCAGCAAAGAAUUACCAGACAAGGAAUGAAAAAUAAGUUAUUAUAUGAAGGUACCCACCUCGAUCCUGAAAGAAAACAAAACAACCGUAACAGCAGCAAUUGAACAACCUUGAGCAUAGAAAACCAGACUCCCUGGAGUCAGCGUGAAUGCAGCUAAGAUCAACCACACAAAACACUUCAUGUACAAUAAGCUCUCAAUCAAGUAAAAUAAAGUUUGUUUAAGUUGUAGUCA